AGCCCCGCCCAGCUUGGGUCAGGGUGUAGAGGUCAAAGUUUACGAAACGUGUGAAGUGAUGUAGUCACGGCUCUUGCAACUUUUUCAACAGCAAUGUUACUUUAACUGACUUUAUCUCAGACAUUUUAACAUAUCGUUUGUUGGCUUGCAUGCUAAGACUAAGGAAAUCAUGACUGCCAACGAAGAUCAAGAGAUGGAGUUGGAAGCACUAAGAUCAAUUUAUGAAGGAGAUGACUGUUUCAAGGAGCUAAGUCCAGUGUCUUUUCAGUAUAGGAUAGGAGAUCAUGAAGACCCAAAAGCAUUUUUAUUAGAAGUUUCAUGGCCAGACACAUAUCCUGAAACUGCACCUCAAAUAUCUCUAGAUGCCUUCUUCAACAAUAGAAUAUGUCCAGAGGUAAAGCAAGCCAUGAUGGCCAAACUGGAGGAGCAGGCUGAGGCCAACCUUGGAACUGCCAUGAUGUACACGCUCUUUGAGUGGGCAAAAGAGAACCAGGAGUCCUUAAUGGAGGACCACCAGCCAGUGCCCUCUGCAGUGAUGCAGCCAUCCAACAGUGAAAUUACAAACUUUACCUCUACAAGCAAGAAAAAGGAAAAGAAAGAACAGUUGACCAAAUCUCAGAAGAGGAAGAUGACUGGAAGAACAGAUAACAGGGGUGAACUUCCCAGAGGUUGGAAUUGGGUUGAUGUUGUCAAGGUAAAGCACAAAACUGGUGGCAAAGACGAUGACUAGAGGACUGCAGAACCAGUGUGGAGUUCAGUGUGCAAUGAUAUUUUUUCACCUCAGUCUGUUCUCUCCAUGCUGCUCCAUCGAUGACUUUGAGUUGACCCGAGUCGUGACUGCAGAUACAUCCAGAUAAUUGUUUUUUUUAUUUUCAUUAUUAUUAUUGUUGUUGUUAUUAUUAUUAUUGUUGUAUCAGAACAUGGUUUCUGAUGGGCACUGAAGCUACUUCCCUUCAUGAGCUCGCCGUAUAUUUAUUUCUACAUGUGUUUGGGUUGAAUUGUUGUGAUGGCAGUGGGUUGUGUAGCACCGUGAUUUCAAGUGUGUAUUUCAGCAUGUAACGAUACAAGCCUCUGUAGAAAGAGUCAAUAUUUGUGCAGUUUACACUCUGAGAAAAAGAAAUGUGGUCAAUGAAACAACAUGGUUUGUGACUGAUCAAAUUCAUUGUGUUACCUAAAAAGCAUUCUUGACGAUGUCAAUAUUGUUUAGUGAAUGAAAACUCUUUUAAUUUUGAGACCUGGCUGUUUUCCCCCAAGAAACUUUGACACAUUUUUUAAAAUAAAAGAUUAUCUGUA